AUUGGAAUAUGCCUGAGCCGCAUUGCUCGUCCUCCUCCUGAAGGUGGCGGUAAUGAACCCAAAAAGUGGUUUGACACUGCUAGUUAAACUCGAAAAGAAGAAAACAAGAAGAAAAGGGAUUCGGUUAGCCGGACGUCGCUGGGCUAAGAGAAGAGCCACCGCGAAAGCUCUAUUUUGUCGCUCUUUAUUCUUUAUUCUCCUAUCAGCACACGUCUGUCGUCUAAUAGACAGACACUACAAAAAAAACAACGCUUCCUGUUGAGAUUCGCCAAAGUGGACUUUGUAGUUGUUAGCUUAGCUAAGCCGAGCGUUUAACGUCAUCGUGUUCCCCCCCCCCCAAAAAACCAAAAUGUGUAAAGUGAAGAUGCUGAGGACGUUGGUGAAGCAGCGCCUGAACGUGGCCGUCGAGGAGGUCAUUGAACUGUUCGAGAGGACGAUCGCGGAGUACGAGAAGCAACUUUGUCGAAGCAAAGACGAGAACGAGCCACGACGACGGGACGAUGUUCCCAAUCUUCGUCUUCUGUCGUCCAAAGCAGAUAUGCAGCAGGUGCUGGUGGAGGGUCAAGCAGAAAAGGUUGCCUCUGAGAAGCAGGAGGAGCCAGUAAAGCCCCCCCACAUUAAAGAGGAAGAGGAGGACGUGUGGAGCCGUCAGGAUGGGCAGCAGCUGCAAGGGCUGGAGGAGGCCGACGUCACCGAGUUCACAUGGACCGGCGUGUAUGUGAAGAGCGAAGAUGACCAAGGUCAGUGCUCACAGCUCCGUCGCAGUCAAAGCGAGGAGAAGGCGAGUCGACACGAGACGACAGAAGCUGCCGGAAAACACUGCGAAGGGUCAGAAUCGGGCAACAUCGCGCCGCUCUCAGAUAUGGAUGACGCGAUGUCACACUCGUCCGACACCGAUCACAGCGACGACACCAAAGAAGCAUUGAGGACGAAGGAGACGUCGAGAGGGGCGCGUCACGCUGACAACAAACACUUUGACUGCCCGGAAUGUGGGAAAACGUUUACCAAUAAGAGCGUUUUGAAAAAUCACAUGGUAACGCACACCGGAGAGAAACCUUUUGUGUGCGCGGUUUGCGAUAAACGAUUCUCCUUGAAGCAUCACAUGAAGAGACACAUGAGAGUGCACGCGGGGGAGAAAGCUUUUUCCCCCUGCUCAAUUUGCGACAAAAGAUUCCGAGAUGAGGCCGCCGUGAAAGAGCACCUGAGAACACACACCGGGGAGAAACCCUUGUCACCCGGCAGCUCACGGCAACACGUAGCAGAAGCAGAUGGAGAUGGAGAACACGCAGACGACGCGCCGCUGUCAGAUGUGGACUACGUGAUGUCACAAUCUUCCGACACCGAGAACAGCGACGACGGCAAAGAGCUUUCGAAAACAAGAAAGCCGGCCGAGGUCGAUGCGACGUAUCACUCUGAAACCAAACUGUACAUUUGCACCGGAUGUGGCAAAACCUUUACCAACAAAAGUGUUCUCCGAAAUCACAUGGUAACGCACACAGGAGAGAAACCUUUCGCUUGCUCGGUGUGUGAUAAAAGAUUCUCCUUCAAGCAGAAUAUGAGGAGACACAUGGCGAUACACACGGGGGAGAAACCCCACUCCUGUCCGUUUUGCGAUAAAAGAUUCUACGAUAAGUUUGAAAUGAAGAGACACAUGCUGACGCACACGGCCGAGAAGCCUUUUGCGUGUUCGGAGUGCGCUAAAAGUUUCUCUCGUAGGUCGCAUUUCCGAAUGCACAUGAAAAAGCACACGGCGGAGAAACCGUCGACCUCCAGCAGCUCCGGUCAACACGUGCGAACAGAAGCCGACGCGGACCGAUGUGAGGAUCUCGCACAACCGGACAAGUCGGCUCCGCUGUCGGAUGUGGACGACGUGAUGUCGCAGUCUUCGGAAAUCGACCGCAGCGAUGAGCCCAAAGAGCCUUCUGAGACAAAUAAGAACUCCGAAGUCGAUGUGACGCAUCCUAACGACCACAAACAAUUUCACUGUUCCGUAUGUGAGAAAACCUUUGCCAACAAAGGAAGUUUGAAAACUCACAUGCUAACGCACACCGGAGAGAAACCUUUCGCUUGCCCGGUUUGCGACAAACGAUUCUCCAUAAAGCAGAAUAUGAAGAGACACAUGGCGAUACACACGGGGGAGAAACCUUACUCCUGCCCCGUGUGCGAGAAACGAUUCUACGUGGAGUUUGAAAUGAAACGACACAAGAGGAUACACACGGCCGAGAAACCUUUUACGUGUUCGCUUUGCGCUAAAAGUUUCUCUUGUAGCAAUUAUCUGACGCUGCACAUGAGCACGCACACGUCAGAGAAACCUUUCGCCUGUCCGGUUUGCGCUAAAAACUUUUCGCACAGAUCGUAUCUCAGACAACACAUGAAAAUACACGCUGCGGAGAAACCUUUCACGUGUUCCGUUUGCUCGAAAGGCUUCUCCAGCCGAGCGUAUCUCAGAAUACACAUGAGCGCGCACACCGGGGAGAAACUUUUUGCGUGUUCGGUUUGCGAUAAAGGUUUUUCCCGCAAAUCGCAAUUCAGAAAGCACAUGAGAAUACACACGGGGGAGAAGUUUGCUUGCGCGGUUUGCACGAGCAGUUUCACCAGUAUCGAACUUCUCAUAGCGCACAUGAGAACGCACAUGGAGGAGAACCCUUUGGCGUCCGGCAGCUCGACUCAACUGAUGACAACAGAAGCCGAUGGAGAACAAGCGGACGACUUGGCUCCCCUGUCGGAUAUGGACGACGUGAUGUCACACGCGUCUGACAGCGACGACGACGACGACGACGACGACGACGACGACGACGGAGAACAUUUGGAGACGAAUAAGAACUAGGGCCAAAUAGGGUGUCAAGUAGAGGUACGACAGUAAACCGACAACUCAUCCAUUAUGGAAUUAUGAUUAUGACUAUUUGGAUCAACGAUCAACGAUCAAUCUUCAGAAUUUCCGCCUCAACAGUAACUAUUACACCGUUUCUGUAGUCCUUUGUGUUUAUUCAAAAUGAGAGAUGUGGAAACAUCUGCUUUUAUUUUGGAAAACGAUCAAGAUUUUUGACAAUUUUCUGAUAUGUUAAAGAUAAAACGUGUUUGAAAUAAUGUUCUGAUUUUGAAUAAAGACAAAUUAAAACAUGCUGCUUCAUCAA